CUAUGAUGACACUGGAGAUGAAGAUGUCAUUGAUGUCAUCAGACUCUAUUGCUGUUGAUGAUAACUGAUGAAGAUGAGAAGGAUGAGCGUAGCUACAGUAAUGACGAAGAAAACUAUAAAGACUCAAUGAUGAGGACGAUCGCCAUGGUUACAGCAAAGAUGAUGAUGAUGAUGGUGGCACUGACGAUGAUGAUGUCAUUGAUGAUGAUCUCAAUAUACUCUGCUGAUGAUGACAAUGACAAAGGUGAUGAACAGCUGCAAUAAUGAUAGACAACGAUGACCAUGAUGAUCACCAUGGUUACAGUCAUGAUGAUGAUGAUGAUGAUGAUGAUCCUUUGUGAUUUAGCCAAUGAGAAGCUGGCUGUCUUCAUCACUCGUUGUGGUUUCAGUAUUCAGAUUUCCUUCGUUUCAAUUUCCUCUGUUUCGCUGACGUCACUUCCUGAACAAAUCAAAAGUUCCCUCCGCUAAUUGUUAGCAUAUCAAACUUUUCUGUCUUUUUUUUUCUGUCUGUUUUUUGUCUGCAGGCUCAGGCUCAGCAGAUUAAAACUGGAUUGAGUCUUUUGAAGACGGGCUAAGCUUUUAAAGGUUCCCCCUCCUCUCCUCCCAUUAAAACCGGUGCAAGUCCCCCCUCCUCCGUUAAUCUGCCCUGUUCUGUAACAUCUGUCCCCGUCUCUGCACGUCUUCCUCUCAGUGAAUGAUCCGCCUGCUGUUGCUGCUGCAACUGAUGCUGAUCCUCAGCACAACCGGCUGAAAACGUUUCUUCUGAACGGCUGGAGUUUAAAAAAAAAACCUGAUGCUCCUUUUUCCUGCUGAGGAAUCGGCCGUCUCUGUGCAUAAUCAGGUGCAGCAGCUGAAUGGCGGCGUUCUGCAGCAGAGACUCUGUCAGAUCGUCAGGUGUGGAGAAGUUGGUUUGCACGCUCAGUUCAUCUGAGGGAGUAGAAAACCCUCCUGACAUGAAAGUCCACUGCAGACCUGGAGGAGGUGAAGUGGUCCAUUCAAAGAUCUCCGGGCAUCAGACGGCUCUCCACCGCAGCGCCAUGGUGGGGAACAGCGAGACCAUGGCCGCUCUGAUUGCUGGAGGCUGCGCUGUGGACCUGCAGGAUCCACUUGGAAACACGGCGCUCCACGAGGCGUCCUGGCACGGAUUCACACGGUGCGUCAAACUGCUCGUUAAGGCUGGCGUUGACGUGCGCGUCAAGAACAAGGCAGGAAACUCGCCGCUUCACCUGGCCUGCCAGAACGCACACGCUCCCACUGCUCAGCUCCUGCUGCUCGGAGGUUCAAAUCCCGACGCCAAGAACAAGGUGGGCGACACCUGUCUGCAUGUGGCUGCUCGCUACAACAACCUGAACCUGCUGAAGAUCCUGCUGAGGUCGCGGUGCCGCUUGAAUGAGACCAACCAGGCUGGAGACACAGCGCUUCACGUCGCAGCAGCUCUGAACCACAGGAAAGCUGUUCAGCUUUUACUGUCGGCCGGUCUGGAUGUGCGAGUCCGGAACAGCGCAGGAAAAACGGCGCUGGAUAAAGCCAGAGAUCACCAGAGCAAACAGGUGGCUCUGCUGCUCUCCAAAGUUCCUCAGGUACGCUACAUGAGAAGAAAGACGAUGAGGAAGCCCAGACUGAGAGCGCCGACUCGACCCGCCAAAGUCGGCGCCCUGAAGAUGGAGCAAACUGAACCCAGAUCAGACGCUAAGGAUCUGGACGCAGAAGAUCUCACCUCAGGAAGGAAACACAAUAAAUCCCAGAAGGACGAGUUCUGGGAUGAAGGCGGAAAAACGUUUCAGCUCUACACUCUGUACAGAGACAGGGAGGGCAGAGUUCGGCAGGCUCCUGCCAGCGGCUGCAUCUGCGAGUCUCUCCUAAAGAAGCUGCAGGACGAUCUGACGACCUCAAAGCAGGAGCUGAGGCUGCAGAUCCUGAAUGUCCAGGAGGAGCUGCACGGCCAGAUGGACCGGAUGGAGUGCCGCAACAAGCGCCAGCUCAGGAAGUUGGAGAUGUUGAUCCAGGAGAAAGCAGCGUGUGAGAGGAGGAGCCUCACAUCCAGGAUGGAGCAGAGAGCAGCACAGGACCGGGCAGAAGCUCUGAGGAACCAGGACGCUCUGAGAUAUGAACUGAAGGGCUGGUGUCUGUCUCUGCUGGAGGACUUGGACAUCUCAGUUCCAGCUGAGACCAUUUACCAGAACCUGCUGCUGUCUCCGUCUGCAGCAGCAGAAACGGACCUGGAGUCCGUGCCGCUGCUGUUUUCUGGAGACAGCAGCCCCUCAGUGUCCGCCAGCACCCUGAGACCCAGAGGAUCUAAGAGUCUGAGGCUGGCCGAGCCGACCGGGGGCAGAACCUACUUCGAGAUGAAGGUGGACAGGUGUGCAGAUCAGAACCAGAACCCAGAAAGCUCACUGGACCUCUCCACAGUCUCUUCUGCCCCCUCCUGGCUCCCAGCAGUACUGCAGAACCUUCCUCUCUCUGUCGAUUACACAGAGGAUCGCUCCAGCAGCACCAGCACCGGCCCACAGGAAGAGGUCCGGGGCCCCAAAAGCGACACCAUGGUUCUGGAGUUCCUCAUGGACCGACCUGCUGAGCCCACAUUCAUUCAGGAGAGGAAACACCUGCACGCCAUAGAGGUGACUCAGCAGUUCUUUGACGCCAUGUCGGCUCAGCUGGAGCGCUGGUGUUCCAGGAAGAUCCUGGAGGUGGAGUUCCAGUCGGAGCUCAGGGCCCAGGCGGAGAGGAAGGAGAUGCUGCAGCGAAUCAGAGAGCUGGAGGAGGAGCUUCACCGGCUGCAGACCAAUGAGCAGAGAGAGAGCUUCCUGAGACCGAAGAAAUCAGAUUUUAAUUGAGUACUGAAACGGUCUGCCAGCAGAUUUUAGCUUCACGUUUGUUGGAGAUCUUUAUGUUUGUAUGGGUUUUAUUAUCAGGAGUCAAUUCAGACUUAAAGCAGAUCCUCAUGGA